AUGGUGCUUCUCAGCCCAUCAAUCAGGGGCUUAAGAAGACUUCUGGCGGUAUGUGAGCAAUAUGCUCGUAGCCAUGGUCUAAAGUACAACGUACUAAAGACAAAAAUGAUGGUUUUCAAGUCGGGGAGAGGUCCGACGAAUGUCCCGCCAGUGUAUCUGGAUGAAGUACAAGUGGAAAGAGUGAAAGGGUUCAGGUACCUUGGACAUAUGCUCACGGAGGGUCUGCUUGAUGAUGACGACAUUGAGCGGGAGCGCAGGGCUUUGGCCGUGCGGUGCAACAUGCUUGCGCGCAGAUUCGCGCGUUGUAGUGAUGAAGUGAAGGUGACAUUGUUUAGGGCAUAUUGUUUAUGCUUCUAUACAUGUCAGCUCUGGAGCAGAUUCACGAGACGCGCGAUGAAUAAAAUUAGAGUGCAGUAUAAUGACGCAUACCGCAUUCUAAUGAAACUACCAAGAAACUGCAGCGCGUCGACCAUGUUUGCUGAGGCCGAAGUCCCUGAUUUUUUUGCUAUCAUUCGCUCCCGCGUCGCUUCCUUCUGGAGCCGCCUAAGAACGUCUGACAACAGUAUUCUCCGUGAGCUGUCCGGGUAUCUGGACAAUCCUAUUAGUAAAUACUGGAUUUCCGUGCACCGUGAGAGGAACAGGAAGUGA